AUGUACAUGUAUGCUGGAACCGUAGCCCUGUCGCUGCUGGGCGGCGGGCUGGCGCAAGACGGCGAGGGCUGGUACGAGGCUCACCCCGGCAUGGCGCGGAUCCGGCGGGUGAACCAGGACACGCACCAGAUUGUGGACGAGUUUGGCCGCACGCGCUUCUUCCACGGGACCAAUGUCGUCAUGAAGGAGCCGCCGUGGCACCGGCCGGCCGAGUGGGUGCCCGGCGUGUCGUCGUUUGGCGAGCAAGACGUCCGGAACAUGCACGACCUGGGCCUCAACGUGGUGCGGCUCGGCCACAGCUGGGCCGGCGCCGAGCCCGCGCGAGGCGAGUACAACGAGACGUUUCUGGACAUUAUGAAGCAGCAGACCAGGCUGGCCGAGGAGCACGGCAUCUACGUGCUGGUCGACGUGCACCAGGACGUGCUGGCGCGGCAGCUGUGCGGCCACGGCGUGCCCGAUUGGUUCGUCAAGAAGGACUGGGUGCCCGGCUGGGAGAUGUAUCCCUUCCCGCUCAAGCUGCCGCCCUUGCCCGUGGACAAGGACGGCUUCCCGUCGCCGGCGUCGCUCUGCGGCAGCGUCGACUGGUCGCUGAGCUACACGUCGGUGGCCGUGGGCAACGCCUUUGGCCGGCUGUACAACAACUUUGACGGGCUGGGCGACGCCUUUGCCGCCUACUGGAGGAGGCUGGCGUCGGGCUAUGCGGCCACGGCCAACGUCGUCGGCUACAACCUGCUCAACGAGCCGUGGGUUGGCGAUACCUGGGCCGACCCGACGCUGCUGGUGCCGGGCGUCGCCGACCACAAGGUCCUCGAAGGGCUCUGGAACCGCGCCGCGAGGCAGAUCCGGACCGUCGACAAUAACACCCUCAUCUGGUUCGAGGGCGCCACGCUCGACAUCCUGUCGGGCUUCGACAACGUGCCGCUCGGCGACGGCGCCAAGUCGGUUCACUCGUUUCACUACUAUAAGCCGCCGCAGCUCGGCUCCAUCUCUGCCACGCUCGACAACCGCCGCAAGGACAGCGAGCGCCUCCGGACCGCCGGCGUGCUGACCGAGCUGACCUUUUGGACGGGCGACGACAGGCAAAUGCAGGACCUGGCCGACGCCAUGACGGCCACCGACGCCGCCAUGGUCUCGUGGAUCGGCUGGGCCUACGAGAACCUGUACAACGGCACCUCGGGCCAGGCCUAUCCCGAGCUGGCCAAGCAUUACGCCCGUGCCUAUCCCGCUGCCGUCGCCGGUAUCCCCAAGAGCUUCGACUUCGACGAGAAAUCCGCCACCUUCAAGCUGCAGUUCACGGCCGAUCCGAGCAUCGACGCGCCCACCGAGAUCAUCCUGCCCCCGUCCACCUUCUCCAACGGAUACACCGUCCAGGUUUCUCCCGAGGGCAGCUUGCUGCAGCACGCACCUGACAAGCGUACCCUGGCCUUGUUCACUUCCCCGCGAGUCAAAAAUGCCACUGACGUUUCUGUCACAAUCACCCGUGACUAA